AUGAUACAGGACACAUUUCCUUCAUGGUUGGUGAAAUUGCCUUCUUUGAAAGUUCUUGUACUAAGAGCAAAUAGAUUUUAUGGUCCAAUUAAAAUUUCUGAGGAUGAAGAUGCUUUCCCAGAGUUACACAUACUGGACCUUGCUUCCAAUAAUUUUUCAGGUGAGUUAUCUGUUGGAUUUUUCCAAUCUUUGAAGGCAAUGAGAAUGAUGACUGAUGGCAACAGAGCUAAGCCAGAUUAUAUUGGAGAUAAUUACUACCAGGACUCUGUAACAAUUGUGAAUAAAGGGUUUGUAAUGUUUUAUGAGAAAAUCUUAACCAUCCUUAUUUGUCUUGACCUUUCCAAUAAUAGUUUCCAUGGGAGAAUACCGGAAGAAAUACAAAACCUCAAGUCACUCAAAGUGCUAAACUUAUCCUUCAACAGCUUCCUUGGCCCAAUUCCUUUAGCACUUGGAAACUUAACUGAGCUUGAGUCGUUGGACCUCUCCCAAAACAAACUCUCCGGAAGGAUUCCUCUACAGCUUACAAGCCUAACAUUUCUUGAAGUAUUGAAUCUCUCUUACAACCAACUUGAGGGAAGCAUACCACAAAGCUACCAAUUCGGUACAUUUUCAAACGAUUCUUACAAAGGGAAUCCAAGAUUAUGUGGGCUGCCUCUGACAAGGAAAUGCAAUGAAGAUGGUCCUGGAAUGCCAACCCCUAAGGAAGAUGCAGAUUCAUGGGUAGAUGGUUUAUCUGACAGGAAAAUUGUGUUGAUAGGGUAUGGAUGUGGAUUGGUCAUUGGAUUAUGUACUGGAUAUACAGUGCUGAAUGAGUUGGGGAACAAAUGGUUGGAAAGGUUUACACGGAAUUGGAAUCGAAAAUGGAGAAGAUCAAGAUUGGCUUGGAAUGCUCACAUAUAUUUUAUUUGGCAGGAGCACAAUAGAAGGAAGUUUGGCAGGCCUUCUAGAUAUAUAGAAGCUAUUGUUUCAGCUAUCAAAAGUUCCUUUUGGCUUCGAUUCAAUAACAGGAUUGCAGUCUCCAGUUCCACUCUUCCUUUUCAACAACAGAAAUUGUGCCUGAAUGUUUUUGGCCUGGUGUUAUGGUAUCUGUGUCUCAGUUCUUUCUCUUAUGCUCGCCUAGGAUGA